AUAUAUAAUUUCAACUUAUUACUGUUUAUUUAUUUAGUUCAUAUUUUGAACAAAACAAAAGUUCUCUGUUUUUUUUUUUUGGCCAUGGAUGAUUACCAAAACUACAUCAUUCUCUUCAUUGUUUGGCUAGUGUCCACAAUUGUGGUCCGAGCCAUAUUCUCAUCCAAGAGUAGUACUAACAAUAAGGGUCGACUCCCACCAAGCCCAUAUGGUCUCCCAAUCAUAGGACACCUUCACCACCUUGGUCCCUUACCACACCAAUCUCUCCACAAACUCUCAAACCAAUAUGGACCCUUAAUGCAUCUUUACCUUGGCUCUGUCCCAACUGUGGUUGCUUCUUCACCAGAAGUAGCCAAAGAGUUUUUCAAAACUCAUGAAUCCGCCUUCUCAAGUCGCCCUCUCCCGAGCAUCCUAAACACCCUUUCUUACCCUUCCCCUGACUUGACCUUUGCCCCAUACGGUCCUUACUGGAAAUUCUUGAAGAAAGUGUGCAUGUCUCAACUUCUUGGUGGCAAAACACUCAAUCUUCUUCUUCCAGUUAGGACUGAUGAGAGAAAGAGAUUCUUAACUUCAAUUCUUAACAAAGCUGAGUCAAAUGAAUGUGUUGAUGUUGGGAAAGAGCUGAAAAGGCUUACCAAUAACAUCAUAUCGAGAAUGAUUAUGAGCAAAAGAUGUGCUCAUAAUGAAAAUGAAGCUGAUGAGAUCACUGAUGUGGUUAAUGGGUCAGCUGAGGUUGCUGGAGCUUUUAAUGUUUCUGAUUUUAUUUGGUUUUGUAAGAAUUUAGAUUUGCAGGGACUAAAGAAAAAGAGUAAAGCAAUUCAUGAUAAGUUUGAUAAAAUGGUUGAGAGUAUUAUAAAAGAUCAUCGAGCAAAUAAUGUUGAGAAGGAAGAUAAUUUUGUUCCAAGAGAUUUUCUUGAUAUUUUACUUCAAAUAUCUGAUGAUGAAGGCUCAGAUGUCAAACUUACCCAAGAAAACAUCAAGUCAUUCUUCCUGGAUGUAUUUGUAGCUGGAACAAACACAUCAUCAAUUACUUUGGAAUGGGCUCUAGCUGAGCUUAUAAAUCACCCAAAUAUAAUGAAGAAAGCAAUGGAUGAAGUUGAUUCUGUAGUUGGAAAAACAAGACUAGUAGAAGAAUCAGAUGUGGUCAACUUUCCUUACAUUCAAGCUAUAGUGAAAGAGACACUGAGACUUCACCCACCUGGCCCAAUAUUAAGCAGAGUAGCCUCUGAAACAUGUGCUAUUAAUGGCUAUGAGAUUAAGGAGAAUACAAGAUUGUUGAUCAAUGUUUGGGCCAUCAGCAGAGACCCAAAUCACUGGGAAAGCCCACUUGAGUUUAAGCCAGAGAGAUUCUAUAAUGAACAAGGAAGUGAAAAUUUCAAGCAAGUUGAUGUUAGAGGACAACAUUUCCAACUUUUGCCAUUUGGGAGUGGAAGAAGAGUGUGCCCUGGUACCACUCUUGGGUUACAAAUUGUUCAUACAACUCUUGCUUCAAUGCUCCAAUGCUUUGAGUGGAAAGCUACUAAUGGAGUUGUUGACAUGGAUGAGGGACCUGGCUUAACUCUUCCUAGGGCUCAUUCUCUAGUCUCUACUCCCAAGGCCAGGCUUAGUCCAUUACCCCUAUGAUUUUUGUUUUCAUCCUUGUUAUGAAUCUUUUAUUAUAUUAUUGUCUUUAGAUUAUUUAUUUUUGUUUUUAUGUGAUUUGUUGUUUAGAAAAGGAUUGAAUGGUAAAAUUAUUGUGUUACAUUGUAAGAAAUUGAUUGAGAGACUUCAAUCAAGUCAAAUUCUUUAUAAUAAUUGAAUGAGCUAGUAUGUUUAAUAAAGAUUCUCGUUUUAUUUCUUA